UCGAAAUCGCCAUCGGGCAAUAUAUGCUUUUAUGUCUUUCAGGCAUUUUUGGCAGACCGUAUUCGUAUCCCACUGGGUUCUUUUUACUUUCAGCCACGCAUACUACAGCCUCAAUGUAUGGAAACGACACACUUACAACACUUAUUUUGUUGGUGCUGCCAAAUCUCAUGUUUAGAAAGGUAUCAUCCACGUGCAAUUUUGCAAACAGAAUAAAGCGAAAUGUCAAAAUUAGUAUAGUAGACAAGUGUGAACGUCGAGCGGUCCACGUGAAAACAUUAAUUCGAAAGUUUUGUUUAAAAUACCGUGUGUGGGAAAGUCUAAAGAAAUAAAUUACAAUUUUGAAUUUUUUACAAUUACAAAAAACUGUUAAUUAAGUGUCACUAAAUUAUUAUAUUCAUAAAAUUAGUUAUUGUGUUGUGCAUAUCCAACAUGUGGGUUUUAUAGGCGGCAAAGAGCGUCAUCCAUACAUAGUGAACAAAAAAUUACUUAUUAAGCACUUAAGUAUGUCAGCAAUUUACAUUUAACUUUGCAACGUGUCCAGAUUAGUUGCGGAAAGAACUUAUUCACAGAUAUAGUAGAUUAAAUAAUUUCCCACCAUGGAUUCAAGACUUUUGAACGUUUUUCGCGAUGAUCCGUUUGACGAACCCUAUGCAAAAUAUGAGAAUGGUACAGAAUUUUGGACCAAUGAUUGCGAUAAUAUGAGUUUACAACUAACUGAAACCUUGAAUGGAAUACUUCCUAUUGGGGCCGUAGAAGACGACACAGACAUUUACAGUAAUUUAAUGGUCAAAGAUGAUAUUCAAAGUAUUGAAAGAGACGUUAUAAAUACAAAUACAAAAUUAAAAAAUAUGCUGGCACCUGAAGAUGAUAAUGAAAAUGACAGCGAUAUAAAUAAUGCAGUUAAUAAUCAUUUUCAAUAUGAUAAUAUUGAUAAUAUAGAUUGUCAGAGCAUAUGCAGUGAUAAUACGUUUCGCACACGUACCUCAAGUUCCUCAAUAGGAGACUAUGAAUCACAUACAAGUGAUUAUGAUGAUGAAGAUAAUAAUAAUGUUGAUGAUAAUUACAAUGAUGUAGAAGAAAAUGAAUAUAGCGUAUAUAGUAUAGAAGAUGGUGUUUACGAUUUUGAUGCUAAUAUGGUUAAAUAUGAGGAGGAUGAAUUUGUAACUAGUUUAUUUGAAGCAGAGGCUAUAUUAUCGGAUAAAAAUUUAGAUUUGCCUGUUGAAAAUCUAAUUGUAGAAAAGAAUCGUACAAUAAGUACAAACACAAGUGGCUCAGAUGCGGAUGGUCUUCAAGUCGAUCCAAAUACGUUUGAUUUAGCAGAAUUCAUAACAAAAGAUGAUUUCAAUUUAAAUGAGGAAAAUAAUAGUCACCACGAUAUAAUACCGAUUGAAGAAAAUCUAAUUCAAUCAAAACAAAUAGUUAAAUUAGAAAACUCAGCUGCAGUUUUAAAAUAUGAGGAUUCAGAUUCAGAUUCGGAAUCCGAUAUUAUAGUCGAUGUAGAAACCGUGGAAAACGAGGAGGAAGAUAAAAGCCUUUUAUCUUGUGUAAAGACAGAAGUUGAUGAUGUGCAAUAUAUCGAUAAUGUAAAAGAAGAUCCUUCAUGGAGUCCAACAAUGCAGAAAAAAACUACUAUUAUUACAAAAGAGGCUAAAACUUCUAAAGUAACUGUAGCUAACCAACAAAAACCCAUUUCAAAUGUGCCCAAUAAAAAACAAAUUGAUUUCCUAAAACAAAGAUUUGGUAGCGGAAAUGGUAAACCAAAUAUAAAUACACAGCGUAAUGGUAAAUUAGCAGCUAAGAAUACUACGGAUUUAUCUAAAUCAGUAACAAGUAUAAAUGAAGUGAAUAUUGGAAUAGGUAGAGGUGGUAAAAACCUGUCACUAUUAAAACAUCAGCGAGAGACUGAUAGUGGAGCUGAUGAAAAAUGUAGUAGUGUUUCGGAAAAAGCAUCAAUACAAGAACCAAAGAAGUCAGAAAUGUCAGAAGAUAAAAUACAAGCCAUGAAAAGAAAAUUGGAUCUAAAUGAAUAUAAGAUGAGACGUGUUGGAAAUACUAUUGCCACUCCACUACCUCAAUCUUAUAAGAUUCCAAAGAUAAAUAACAAUAUUUUAUCUGUUAAAACUACUCAGAUAACCAACAAUGGAACCAAAGUUGUACCAAUUUCACCCACAAAACACAGUGAGGCAGUGACAUCAAUUGUAAAAAGUCUUAGAGAACAACCAAAUAAAAAAAUUCCUAUAGACCCUAUAACUGAAGCUAAGAAUAAAGUAUUGCGUAUGCAAGAGAUCAAAAAGGCAAAACAAUUAAAAAUAAUUGAUUCAACAGUAUCAUCGAAAGUGCCAAAAGUAACUAAAAUAUUGCCAUUAAAAGAUCUUAUGAAAGGUACUUUCAUUGCAGAACAACAUAGUACGUCGAACAGUUCGUUAAAUGUGCCAUUAAAAACACAUUCUGACUAUGAAGAAAUAAUUCUGUUAUCAACAAGCUGUAAUACUGAUAUCACGAUACCACCGAAAAAUAAACACUAUAGCGAUAUUUCACGCUCUCUUUUAAAGUCUAACGUUUUACUUUACAAUAUCUCAGAUACUUUUCAAAAAGUUCAAGCUACUGAAAAUAUAACUAUUUCACAGAAUUCACUUAUAGCCAGUAUACAAAAUGUGGUAGCAAACAAAGGUUUGCCUCUACCAAUAACCACACUCCUUACUGACAAGAUUAGUGUUCCAAAUAAAACUGAUAAUAAAUCCAAAAAUAUGAUACAACAUGGAGAGGACAAAAUUAUUAUGCACUUACCGAAGAACAGAACACGAAAAUUAACACGAUGCAUAAGUACGCAAACCGAUCUGAUAUUGGAAUUUCCCGUAUUACCCAUGCCAAAAAAAAUAGAGAAUACACGCAGGUCACGUGAAAAAACACGACUUAAUAAAACAAGUCGAAAUUAUCGAAAACGGGAAGACAUAAAUUCUGUUAUUUCAAACUCUUCAAGUGAUUCAGAUCGUUCACUGUCACCAGGACAUGUUAAUCAGCUAAAUGGUUCAACAUCUUCAGCUGAACGUUCACGCUUUACUGAUAAUGCUGGUGGCUAUUCUUCACGUAGUAGUCGUCGUCAUCGCAGUUCUGUCAGUUCCUCAUAUUCCGAUUCUGAACGCACAAAUUUUAAUUGUUCAAAGCGUUUCGCUAGUCAAAAACAACGUUCAAGAAAAAUUACUCGUUCAUCAUCAUCUAGUUCAAGUGAUCAUUCAGACUGCAGUUAUAGUCGUGAUAGAAGUAGAAGUCCGAUUUAUGAUAAACGUACACGUACAAGAAAAUGUAGUUUUAAAAGCAGAAAUAAUGCACCAAAACCUGCUGUUGAGGAGCGACGCAUUGUCUAUGUGGGACGUAUUGAGGAGGAGACCACAAAAGAAUUAUUAAGACGUAAAUUUUUGACAUAUGGUACUAUUAAACAAAUUACAAUACAUUAUAAAGAAAAUGGUAUGAAGUAUGGAUUCGUUACCUACGAGCGUUCUCAAGAUGCUUUUGCAGUGAUUGAUAAUAGCCUACGUGAUCCACUAAUUAAUAUGUACGAUAUAAGUUUUGGUGGAAGACGUGCAUUUUGCAGAGCUUCCUAUGCAGAUUUGGAUAAUGCUGGCAUUAACACAUACCAAUCUGUGGUAUUUCCAUGUGCACCAGAACCAAUUAAGAAAGAAGAUUCGUUUGAAGAAUUGUUACUCAAAGUCAAAGCAAAAAUGAAUGCUAGUAAACCAGCAACAAAUUCAACUAACGAUGUGAAGAUUUGACAUCUAUGACACUAUGAAUUAAAUUAUUUAAAAAUAUAUCAGAGACUAAAUAUUUUAAUUCUUUAAAUU